GUCUCGUCUCUCGGCAGCGGCAGCGACCACGUGCUGGACGCCGUGUCUCAGUGCGAACAGUACGCCAAGGAGCAGGGCGCGCAGGAGAGGAACGCCCCCUGGAGGCUGUUCUUCAGGAAGGAAAUCUUCAACCCCUGGCACGACCCGGAGGACGACCACACCGCCACCAACCUCAUCUACCAGCAGGUCGUACGGGGCGUGAAGUUCGGAGAGUACCGCUGCGAGAGGGAGGAGGACCUGGCAGAGCUGGCCUCUCAGCAGUAUUUCGUGGAUUACGGUGCUGAGGUCCUCCAGGAUCGUCUGCUCAGCCUCGUCCCGUCCUACAUCCCCGACAGAGAGAUCUCCUCCACCAAGACCACCGAGAAGUGGCUGCAGCUCAUCGUCAGCGCCCACAAAAAG